AUGUCGCAGCCGAGAGGUGGACGCGGUGGGCGUGGCGGAGGCGCGGGCGGUGCUGGUGUUGGCCGUAAGACGCCGUCAUCGUUGACGGGUCCGCCGGACGAUUCGGCAACGGGCAGUGAACGUGCAACGCCAGCGAGCAAAGCCGACUCGGAUCCCAAGGAUGAUAGUUCCAGCAAUGGCGAUAAGAAGGAUACUGAUAUAUUCCCAGCACCAAAGCCGCCAAGUGCGGGAGCCUCCAUAAGGGAUACGGCCAACAAGGUGCUGGGAUUGGCAAUGAAAAGCGAAUGGACGCCAAUUGAAGCCGAGCUGAAGAAACUCGAGAAAUAUGUGGCGAAUGUCGGCGAGGAUGGCAAUCAUAUUCCACUAGCCGGAGUCCUUGAUAUGAACACCGGCAUGACACCGUUGAUGUAUGCAACAAAGGACAAUAAAACGGCGAUAAUGGAUCGCAUGAUAGAGCUGGGUGCCGAUGUUGGUGCUCGAAAUAAUGAUAAUUACAAUGUGCUGCAUAUUGCGGCAAUGUAUUCGCGUGAGGAUGUCGUCAAAUUGUUGCUAACAAAACGCGGUGUCGAUCCCUUUUCCACCGGCGGUUCACGUUCCCAAACUGCGGUACAUUUGGUGUCCAGUCGUCAAACGGGCACGGCAACAAAUAUCCUAAGAGCUUUACUCGCAGCUGCUGGCAAGGAUAUACGCUUAAAGGCAGACGGCCGUGGCAAAAUCCCAUUGCUGCUGUCUGUCGAGUCGGGAAAUCAGUCGAUGUGUAGAGAACUCUUGGCUGCACAAACGGCGGAUCAACUAAAGGCAACAACGGCAAAUGGAGACACGGCCUUGCAUUUGGCCGCCAGACGGCGGGAUGUGGAUAUGGUCAGAAUACUUGUGGAUUAUGGCACCAAUGUGGAUACCCAGAACGGCGAGGGGCAGACACCGUUGCACAUUGCGGCCGCUGAGGGGGAUGAGGCGCUGCUCAAGUACUUUUACGGAGUGCGUGCCUCUGCCUCCAUUGCGGAUAAUCAAGAUCGCACCCCAAUGCACUUGGCAGCGGAAAAUGGUCACGCCCAUGUUAUUGAGAUUCUGGCGGACAAAUUCAAGGCGAGCAUCUUCGAGCGCACCAAGGAUGGCAGCACACUGAUGCACAUUGCAUCACUCAAUGGCCAUGCUGAGUGCGCCACGAUGCUCUUCAAGAAGGGUGUCUAUCUCCAUAUGCCCAACAAGGAUGGUGCACGCAGCAUUCACACCGCUGCCGAAUAUGGACACACUGGCAUCAUCAACACCUUGUUGCAGAAGGGCGAGAAAGUCGAUGUUACCACCAAUGACAACUAUACAGCCCUGCACAUAGCUGUGGAAUCUGCGAAACCAGCUGUUGUGGAAACACUUCUUGGCUUUGGCGCCGACGUUCAUGUCAGAGGUGGCAAGUUAAGGGAGACGCCUCUGCACAUUGCCGCACGUGUCAAGGACGGCGACCGUUGUGCCCUCAUGCUGUUAAAGUCUGGAGCGAGUCCGAAUCUCACAACCGAUGAUUGCCUGACGCCAGUUCAUGUUGCCGCGCGUCACGGGAAUCUUGCCACAAUGAUGCAACUGCUCGAGGAUGGCGGAGAUCCGCUUUACAAGUCCAAUACUGGGGAGACACCUUUGCACAUGGCGUGCAGAUCAUGUCACCCGGAGAUUGUUCGUCAUCUGAUUGAGACGGUGAAGGAGAAACACGGACCGGAAAAGGCGACCACGUACAUUAACUCUGUGAACGAUGAUGGCGCCACGGCGCUGCAUUAUACUUGCCAAAUUACCAAGGAGGAGGUCAAGAUACCCGAAUCCGAUAAGCAAAUUGUGAGCAUGCUCCUCGAGAAUGGAGCCGAUGUGACGCUCCAGACGAAGAAUGCAUUGGAAACGGCCUUUCAUUAUUGUGCCGUGGCGGGAAACAAUGAUGUCCUCAUGGAGAUGAUUUCCCACAUGAAUCCCACGGACAUACAGAAGGCCAUGAACCGUCAGUCGUCGGUGGGAUGGACGCCGCUGUUGAUCGCCUGUCAUCGGGGGCACAUGGAGCUGGUCAACAACCUUUUAGCGAAUCAUGCCAGGGUCGAUGUCUUCGAUACGGAGGGAAGAUCGGCCCUACACUUGGCAGCGGAGCGGGGAUUCUUGCACGUCUGCGAUGCGCUGCUAACGAACAAGGCCUUCAUCAAUUCCAAGUCCCGGGUGGGACGUACUGCCCUCCAUUUGGCGGCAAUGAACGGCUUUACGCAUCUGGUGAAGUUCCUCAUCAAGGAUCACAAUGCUGUCAUCGAUAUUUUGACACUGCGCAAACAGACGCCGCUGCAUUUGGCAGCUGCCAGUGGACAAAUGGAGGUUUGCCAGUUGUUGCUCGAACUGGGCGCCAACAUUGAUGCGACCGAUGAUCUGGGCCAGAAGCCCAUUCAUGUCGCCGCCCAGAAUAAUUACUCUGAAGUGGCCAAAUUGUUCCUGCAGCAGCAUCCAUCGUUGGUGAAUGCCACCAGCAAGGAUGGCAACACUUGUGCCCAUAUUGCUGCCAUGCAGGGCUCCGUCAAGGUGAUCGAGGAGCUCAUGAAGUUCGAUCGAUCUGGCGUGAUAUCGGCUAGAAAUAAGUUGACCGAUGCCACGCCCCUACAACUAGCCGCCGAGGGCGGACAUGCGGAUGUUGUGAAGGCUCUCGUCCGUGCCGGCGCCUCUUGUACGGAGGAAAAUAAAGCUGGAUUCACGGCCGUACAUUUGGCUGCCCAGAAUGGACACGGUCAAGUGCUGGAUGUACUCAAGAGCACAAAUUCUCUGCGUAUCAAUAGCAAAAAGUUGGGAUUAACUCCUCUCCAUGUCGCUGCCUAUUAUGGGCAGGCGGAUACCGUGCGGGAGCUGUUGACCAGUGUUCCGGCCACGGUCAAAUCGGAGACUCCAACGGGCCAGAGUCUGUUCGGGGAACUGGGCACCGAGUCGGGCAUGACGCCACUUCAUCUAGCCGCCUUCUCUGGCAAUGAGAAUGUGGUGCGAUUGCUCCUCAACUCGGCGGGUGUGCAAGUGGAUGCAGCUACCAUUGAGAACGGUUAUAAUCCGCUCCAUUUGGCUUGCUUCGGUGGACACAUGUCAGUGGUUGGUUUGCUUCUGAGUCGGUCGGCGGAACUCCUUCAAUCCACGGAUCGCAAUGGUCGCACCGGACUGCAUAUUGCAGCGAUGCACGGCCAUUUCCAGAUGGUGGAGAUACUGCUCGGCCAGGGCGCUGAGAUAAAUGCAACCGAUCGCAACGGUUGGACGCCACUGCAUUGUGCUGCCAAAGCCGGUCACUUGGAUGUGGUUAAGCUGCUCUGUGAGGCGGGUGCCUCUCCCAAAUCCGAGACGAACUAUGGCUGUGCGGCAAUCUGGUUUGCCGCCUCCGAGGGUCACAACGAGGUGUUAAGGUAUCUCAUGAAUAAGGAGCAUGAUACCUAUGGGCUGAUGGAGGACAAACGAUUUGUCUACAAUCUGAUGGUUGUCUCCAAGAAUCACAACAAUAAACCGAUACAAGAGUUUGUUCUGGUCUCACCAGCUCCAGUGGAUACAGCAGCCAAAUUAUCCAACAUUUAUAUAAACCUCUCGACAAAGGAGAAAGAACGCGCCAAGGAUUUGGUGGCUGCUGGAAAACAAUGUGAGGCAAUGGCCACAGAGUUGUUGGCCUUGGCAGCUGGCUCGGAUUCGGCAGGAAAGAUUCUCCAGGCGACCGAUAAAAGGAACGUGGAGUUUCUCGACGUGCUCAUCGAGAACGAGCAAAAGGAAGUCAUUGCACAUACAGUUGUUCAACGAUACUUGCAAGAACUGUGGCACGGAUCAUUGACGUGGGCUUCAUGGAAGAUCAUGUUGCUGCUGGUUGCGUUUAUCGUCUGUCCACCUGUAUGGAUUGGCUUCACAUUUCCGAUGGGUCACAAGUUCAACAAGGUGCCCAUCAUCAAGUUUAUGUCCUACCUCACCUCGCACAUAUACCUCAUGACACACCUGAGUAUCGUGGGCAUAACGCCCAUUUAUCCGGUGUUACGCUUAAGUUUGGUCCCCUACUGGUACGAAAUAGGCCUGCUCAUUUGGUUGAGCGGUCUACUUUUGUUCGAGUUGACGAAUCCGUCCGAUAAAUCCGGAUUGGGAUCGAUCAAGGUGCUCGUCCUCCUGCUGGGCAUGGCCGGCGUGGGCGUCCAUGUGGUCGCCUUUCUGUUCGUCUCCAAGGAAUAUUGGCCAACUCUCGUCUACUGUCGUAAUCAAUGCUUCGCUUUGGCCUUUCUCUUGGCCUGUGUUCAGAUCCUGGACUUUCUAUCGUUCCAUCAUUUGUUUGGACCUUGGGCGAUUAUCAUUGGAGAUCUUCUCAAGGAUCUUGCUCGAUUUCUUGCCGUUCUCGCGAUCUUCGUGUUCGGCUUCUCCAUGCACAUUGUGGCCCUGAAUCAAUCCUUUGCCAACUGGACGCCCGAUGAUAUACGCAGUUUCGAGAAGAAGAAUCGCAAUAAAGGCUACUUCAGUGACGAUGAUAUGCCCACCCCACGUCCCCCGCCCGUGGAGAAUUAUGUCGAUAAUCGCUUCAGCGAAUUCCGACGUAAACACAAAGAUGAUCGACCCAUGACACCAUUUCUGGCUUUCGAGCGUUUGUUCUUCGCCGUUUUCGGACAAACGACCACCUUGGACAUCAAUCCCAUGCGACAUCUGCGUCCCGAGUGGACCGAGGUCCUGUUCAAAUUUGUCUUUGGCAUCUAUUUGUUAGUGUCUGUGGUUGUACUCAUUAACCUGCUAAUUGCCAUGAUGUCGGAUACUUAUCAACGCAUUCAGGCGCAAUCUGACAUCGAAUGGAAAUUUGGUUUAUCCAAGCUUAUACGCAAUAUGCAUCGCACCACAACAGCGCCAUCGCCGCUUAAUUUAGUUACCACCUGGUUUAUGUGGAUCGUCGAGAAGGUCAAGGCACGCAUGAAGAAAAAGAAGCGUCCAAGUCUGGUACAGAUGAUGGGAAUACGUCAGGCCAGUCCACGCACCAAAGCUGGCGCCAAAUGGCUAUCGAAGAUCAAGAAAGACUCGGUGGCCCUCUCCCAGGUGCAUUUGUCACCUCUAGGCUCUCAGGCCAGUUUUUCGGCGGCAAAUCAGAAUCGCAUUGAGAAUGUCGCCGAUUGGGAGGCGAUUGCCAAGAAAUACCGGGCACUCGUCGGCGACGAGGAGGGAGGUUCUAUCAAGGACUCGGAUGCGGAGAGCGGCUCGCAGGAGGGCAGCGGUGGACCACAAGCUCCGGCACAGGUCUAAGCUUCACGAUUCAUCCUCUCUCUGCCACUGUACUACUUCCUCAACUACUUCUACUCUAUUAAAACUUCUCCUCUAUAUUCUUCACUCAAAAACCAUUUAAACUCUCCCAUCUCGACUGUCCUGUCUCUUCUGUACUUAAGCUCUAUUUUCUAAGUACCUAUAUUUCUAAGCUGCACUCUUGGGAACUUAAUCUAAGCUUCACUUAAUCUUAAAACUAAAUCUAAACUAAUUUAGCUAGAAUAUUGAAAUUGUUUUUGGUAACUUGUAAG